AUGUCAAAUAAAAAUCGAAUGAGAAAAGUAAGACAUCUAGUAACACGAGGAUCAAAUUCCAAUGUAAUAAAUGAUGCUCUAAAUGCGAUUUUACCAACGCUCUCAACAAAAGAUCGUGAAAGUGCAACACAAACCAUAGAUAAAGUGAUAGAAAAAGUUCCGGAACUUAUAAAGAAUAAUAAAGCAGGCUCACCAGUAGUCAAUUUAAUAGAUUCAGUAGUUAACUCACUAAAAGAUCCAAAGGACAAAACAAACCAAAAAACACCACCACCACCACCUCCUCCUAACCCAGUAAAUGAACCUCAUGGGGCUGCAAAAGUUGAAGCACCAGCAAAAAAUAAUCCCAAGCCUAGUCCUAUUGAACAGAGCCCACCCCCUCAAGAACCCAAGGAUCCAAUCCAGACCCUUCCGCCUGAAGUGAUGUCACCAACUCCAGAAUCCGGGGAUGCCUCAAACUCUUACGUUUCUGAUAACACUACUCCAAAAGACAAACCAGACAAUAAUGGUCAACCAGAAACACAGGAUCCUGAUAUUUCAGAAAACCCUCAAGGAAUUCAAGAAUUGAAAGAAGAACCAAAGAAAGAAGAAACAAUGAAAGAAGGACCUGUGAAAGAGUUGACAAAAGAGGCACCAGUACAGGAGGCACCGACAAAAGCGGAACUGGUAAAGGAGGCAGCAUCAAAAGAAGCACCACCCAAAGAGGUCUCAAAUCAACAAGAAAUAAACCCAGUGAACAAAGACCUGAGAAAUAAGCUAGAUAAGGGGACUUCAGAAUCACAUGAUCUACAGACAGGCCAGACAGCUUUAACAAAUCAAACUAAUAAUCCAAGUUCAACAGAGACAGAAGGUCAAAAAACAAUACAGGGAUACUCACAAUCUGUAUAUUCAGCACAAGAAAACCAAAAGAUUCCAACCAUUCAACAUUCAAAUCCCACCAUAGGAUCUGGAGAAAUAGCAGCAAUCAUUACCAUAAUCUUCCUAUUAAUUUCAGGAAUCAUUAGUUUUAUAAUCUUACGUAGUAGGAAACGUCAAAAUAUAACUAAGGUGUUAAUGUUUGAAUCAGUACCAAAACCAAAACCUAACUCCAAAGCUGAAGUUGAAGUUAAAACUGAGAAUCCUAAAAAAUCUAGGAUCUCUAUUCCUCCUUUAAUGAGAGAAUUUUAUGGGUUUCCUAUACCUGGUUAUCUUGAAAAAAGAAAAUCAGAAAAGAAAACUCAUAAAAAAAGAACUGUUGGUCAUCAUCAUCAUCAUAAUUUCGUUUAG